CCCUCCCACAUUCAGACUGAGGAGUCUCCAAAUAGUUUGCCUCCAAACAAAGUCGCUGCUUCAAUAACUCCUUCUCACUUCCUCAGUCUCUCUGCAUUCUUAUCUAUCAUUUUCUGUAGGACUUCUGUCGCAGUGUACCUUUCCUACAACUGGGAGACCAGAACUGGACACAGUGCUCCAGAAGAGGCCUCACCAAUGUGCUGUACGAUCUCAACACGACGUCCCCAACUCCUACACUCAAAGGUCUGAGCAAUGAAGUUGGUCUCCUAGUGGACAAUCCCUAGGCAUGCAGACAGAGGAUGCUGACCCUGCAGUCAGCCUAGCUGAACUGACUGUGGACACUGAGGAUUCAUGGUGCGUUGAAUGCAGUGACCAGGAGAUCCAGGAUGCAGAGACGUGGACUCCGAGCCCCCAAGAGAUCCUACGCCUGUAUGGCGCCCUUGCUGAGGAGGGAAGCAGCCUUGAACUGAGCUGCAGACCCCUACCCCGCCGUCCACCAACUCCCGAGGCUGACCCUACAGAGGAGGAGGCGGAAGAAGAGGAGGAGGCGGAAGAGCAGGCCACUGAGAAGCCCCAUGUACCAACAGAGUUUGAUUUUGAUGAUGAGCCCACCCCACAAAAAUCAUUCCUGGGUGUGCGAAGGACUCCAGCGGGCAGCUCGAGUCGGACACAGAGAAGGCAGGCUCGCUUGGACAAGGUCCUGUCGGACAUGAAGCGGCACAGGAAGAUCGAGGAGCAGAUGAUGAAGACCGGGAAGGAUAUCUUCGAGCUGGACAUGGACGAGGACGAGGUACCCAGCCCCGGGCGAUCCAAAGGAAUCUUCCAACGUCGCAACUACUGAGCUCCAGCACCACUGUCCGCUCCCAACGGGCCGCGGGAGAAUCUUUCUGGGGGCCCCAGGACUCAAAACCUCCCUCGGAAUCCAUUACCGGGAGAUUUCAAAACCAGUUCCGCAGGACCUAGUCAUGGGGGGGGGGCAUCAAAUCCCCUUCUUUUCCCCCAGGCCCCGAAAUCUCCCCAAAAGCCUCGAGAGAAUCUGAUCGCGGGAGCAGCCUUUUCGAGAUGAUUCAUUUCCCACCCUCAGCACCACCACCACCCCCCCGCCCCCCGGGGGGAUUGAAUGGGCUCAACCGGAUGGAAGCCUCCUUGACCAAUCCCGCACCGCUGCGCCUCUCCCACACUCGCAGCCGAUUGGCUGACGGUGGAAGAGCAACAGCCCUGUGAUUGGAGGAGCAGUGAGUCAGGGUAAGAAAGAACGCUUGGGGGGGUGUGGGGGGGUGGUUUGGAGAAGGUGAGGAGGCUGUGCAAGGGGUGGGUUUGGAGAAGGUGAGGAGGGUGUGCAAGGUGGGGUUUGGAGAAGGUGGGGAGGGUUUGCAAGGGG